GUUAUUUUUCAUGAGUGUAUUUCACUCCUCUUUUGGAGAAAAUAGUCUCCUGCAUGCCUACUAUCAUGGAGAUAUCAUCAUUGGAGGACUUUUCCCCAUUCACUUAAAAACCAAUAGGACUAACACUUCUGGACCUGUCUCCUGUAGUGACUAUGAUGUACAAAUGUUCCUCCGCAGUCAAGUGAUGAUAUACGCCAUCAGAGAAAUCAAGCUACCUAACAUCACCAUAGGAUACGACAUCUAUGACACCUGUGGCGAUGUCAGCCUCGCUGUGAGAGCGACUCUCGAGCUGCUGAAUAACCAGUCAAACCCACAAAGCUGUUUACUACCAUCAGAGGCCCAAAUGAAGGUGGUGAUCGGAGAAAGGUACUCGGAAGUAUCCAUAGCUGUAGCACGAAUUGUUGCUCUGUCAUCAGUUGCCCAGAUUAGUUAUGCAUCAACUAGUAAGUUUCUCAGCGACAGGUUCAAGUUUCCCACUUUUCUGCGAACAGUACCGAGCGAUAAAUAUCAGACAAGAGGUAUUGUUGAGCUGGUGAAGACAUUUCUUUGGCAAACAGUGAUUAUUGUGGGAAGUGAUGACGAGUAUGGAUUGUUUGGCAGUGAUAGCCUUGAAGACACCUUCAGCCAAGACACAAACAUCUGUGUUGAAUUUGUUCAAAUCUUGUCAGCUGAUUUUAUGACAAACAACUCCCGGACCCAAACUGAGCUGACUGAACUACUGGAAAAAAUCAAAAACUCCUCCGCUGAGGCCAUCAUCCUCUUCACAAAGGACACUAAUGCUGAAAUCAUCCUGGAAGCAGCUAUUAGACACAAAGUCAACAGAACAUGGAUUGCAAGUGAUGCAUGGUCCAGCUCUCCAAAGAUCUCUGCAAUGCCAGACAUCAAGCUGGCAGGAGAAAUUACCUGA